CAAAAAUGCCAGAGCUAUGACUGCCGCAGCCAAAGCCAGGAGCGCGACCAGCACCACCAGCACCACCACCACCACCACCACCACCACCACAUCCGCGACAUCUGCCACGACCGGCGUAUCCAGAGCCACCGCGCCCACUGCCUCGACAAGCCUCAAGAGAAAGGCUCGGACCGACGAUGACGAAGACGACGACCAUCACGCCAAGCAUCGCCCUGCUCCAGCUCCCGUCACUCGACCCGUACGUCUACCAGCUGCCGCUCUCGCAACCACCCGCGCCACCCGGGCUCGAGCACGGAAUCCAGCCAACGAAGCUGCAAAGACAUCGAGACCUGCCCCUUCGGCAUCGGUUAGACCCGCGUCCUCGCUUGCAUCGAGACCUGCGUCGUCAGCUUCCACCAGACCGCCAGUAACGGCCACGCGCGGUAGGCCGCCGACCAAAGCUCAAGAACCUGCCUCCAAGGCCACUCGCGCGACGCGUUCAGCCAAACCGGACGACCAAUCUUCCUCAACAGCCACUUCCAGGAACACCAGCACAACCAGGACGCGACCGACCGACUCGACGGCGACCGCGCCCACCGCCGCAUCCAAAGCGCUCGCAAAGCCCGCUAUCAAGAAGACGGUCAAGUUUGAGGAGCCAGAAAAAGAGAACAUCGGGCCUCCGGGAGGAAGGAAGAAGAAGGCAGGACCAAUUGCAAUUACCGGGGGACUUCGUGCAAAGCCAGUCAGGACUCGGACGGGUACAACAGCCAAGGGAUCAACGUCGACAGCCAGGAGAGGUGCUGCCAAUGGCACGACAAAUAGGCCAGUGUCUCGUGCUGGCCGACCAGCUACCCCCAGCGAUGCUCCCGAAAACAUCAAGGUCGAAGGCAUGAAACACAAGCCCCUUCCCCUUAGCCCUAAGAAAGUUAACCAACUAGUGGCAGCCGCCAAACACGGUGACGACUCGGAGGAUGAACUCGCUAUUCAUGAGAACAGUCCGGCCUUGUUGCAGCCCUUACUGACAGGCAGAGCUCCCAUUAAACCGCCGGCCCCUAAGACCAGCAAGAAGGCACAGGAGAAGCAACCAGAACAGGACCAGCCACAGGAACACGAACCCGCGUUGGCAUCUACGUCCACCGCGAACUCUGAACCCGAAGAGCAAAACAAGGAUGCCUCCGCCGAACCUUCAGUCCUGAAGCCCCACUUCCUUCCGACCGAACACCUCUCGAUGCUCGCUUCUCCCGCUCGCCGUCCUCCACCAUCUCCAUGGAAGAACAGCAUCAAGACCCCGGCCAAGCGCGUCGAGGGUCUUUUUGCUGGCGUCCCUCUACUCGCCAACCGACCGGAUGGGCAACCCGUUGCGCAACCCGCUAAGAGCGGUGCCAGCCUUCUCGCCAGUCCAGCCAAAAGACCACCCGGAAAUGCGACUGUGCUUAUGGGCGGAGAUGUCCUCGCUGGUCCCGCCACCACCUCGACGAAUGCGGGGAUGAUGGGCCCACCCUCCCUCUUCGCCAGCCCGGCCAAGAGGGUGCCAAUGUCUGCUGUCAAGCCGCAGCCCAUUGUGGAGGAACUUGCUGCUGAAACAAAGCCUUCUUUGCUCGCCAGCCCACCUGUCAAGUUCGGCACUGCGAGACGCAAGUCGCAGCGUCUGGAAGAGAUGGCACGGGAGCAGGAGCACAAAGAGCAGGAAACGGAGCACAAGGAGGAGGAACACGACAACCGAGAGCAAGCGGAUGAGGAGAUGGAGAAUGAGCAGCAGGUUCAGGAGCAGGAAGAGGAAGACGAAGGGAUGGACUCUGCGGACGAGGAGGACGACGAUGGUCCUUCUGGUGAGCUUGGCGAGCGCACGAUGCAGAUUCUCACUUCUUCGGCAAAGCCAGCUAGGCUACUGUUUACUGGACGCCGACGAUCUCUCAGGCAUAUGGAGAAAGAGGUCGAAGCUGCUGUUCAGGAAGAGCCAGAAAUCCAAGCCGAGGAUGAACAUAGCCAGGAGGAGGAGCAGCUAGAAGAGGUACAAGAGGAUGAGCAUGAGGAGGUGCAAGAGGGUAUAGAAGAGAACGUGGAAGAGGAAGAGCAUGAGGAAGAGUACGAGGUUGAGCAGGAAGAGCUUGAGGAGGUGCACGAAGAGGAGCAAGAAGAGGAGCACAAGGCUGAACAAGAUCAGGACCAGGAGAUGACAGACCGGGAAGAGGAGCAAGUUGCCGAGCCCGAGGUCAUCGAGCCGGAAGACGACGAGGACUCGAUGGAGGUCGAUGAGGUCGAGCUGGGCAACGAAAGCGUCGAGCAAAUCGUCAUUCCCGAGACCCCGCAGCCCGAAAAUGAUGAUCAGAGUUACUUGGACAUCGAUCAGAGCAUUAGCACCACUCCUCCUGAGUCACCACCUCAGCAUCUGCUCAACGGUCCUUCGUUCGGCAAUCUCCGCCAAGAUGUCCUCAACCCUUCCGAGGAGAGCGAGGACGCCACUCCCGCCCAACCCCCAAGGGGCAGCAAGGCCAACCCUCAUCCCGCCGCUACACCUUCUGUUAACACCAGCCACCGGACACCUUCCGGUCGAAGCACAACUAAGAGAAUGCGCUUUGACAACGGCAGUUCUGGCCUCGGCUUCACGCCGUUGGCGGAUCAGUUGAGUGGAUGGAAGGGAGGUGUUACCCCGGCACCGCCCAAGGUGAACCUGCUGAAGGCCACGGCUACCCCAGCGAAGGCUACUCCAGCCAAGGCUGCUGCCAACGACAACUCCAACCUCGGAUUUACCCCCCUGGCUGAGAAGCUGAGCGGUUGGCACGGCGGAGUCACUCCGGCGCCUCCGAAGACCCAAGCACCUGCGAAGACUCCGGCACUCGCCAAGAAAGAGAGUAACUCGAGCUUGGGAUUCACACCGCUGGCCAAGCAGCUAAGUGGUUGGAAUGGCGGUGUUACUCCCGCUAAGCCUAACACUGCGGCCCCUUUGGAAAGCAGGUUCGGUAGAAGAAGAAGUUCCAGGAGGCUGCAACAGGUGGAUGAGCAGGAGGAAUCACUCUUCGAUGUGGCCGCGAUGAAAGAGGCUGGGAUUUUUGGAACUUCGGUUGCUCGCCAACAGCAGCAGCAGAAGUCGAAGGAAUCUUCUCCUGAGAAGACCAUGGAGGAUCCCUCUGACAAGGUUGAUGCUCAAACUUCGGCUGAAGUUGAGGCCGAUGUUCAGCAGCAACAGGAGGAUGAGGAUAUGGAAGUGGCACAGGAAGAGGAAGAGAUUGUCGAAAUGGAGCAACAUGAGGAAGUUGAAGCGGAGGCUAACUCGGCUGAUGCGAAUGAUGCGCCCGUUGACAGGGAUGCUCACGAGGCGGCUGAGGUUGACGAGGGCGAAGAGGAACAGGAUGAAGGGGACUCCGUUGAGACAGUCAUGGCCGAUGCCGAUCAAGCCGAAGUCGACCCCGAUGCAAUGGUUGACGAUGACGACGCAUCCCCAAUUCUCGAGGACAUCCCUAUCACCACCGAAGACGUUGAGCUCGCAGCCGAGGCCGAGGCGCUAGCCCGCAUUUCUGAUGUGAUGGAUACGACCGAUGGCGCCGAUAAGGAUGGAAGCCAGCACAGCAUCUCCGAUAACCUUUCGGAAGCGAGCCAGGAAUAUGGCGAUGAGAAUGCUGUUCCGAUUAUGGCCGAGUUCACUACCCGUCCGCUGAAUGUCAAUCUCUUUACGCCGGCUGACACGACUAAUCGGGUCACCAGGCGAGCUUCCGCUGCUCUUGCUCACCCGACCACCCCCGUUCGCCCCCAGGCUGCCAUGAGGGAGGUGCACACAGUUUCCAAGGUUCCUCUCAAGUCUGCUGACGGAGCUACCGCUCCACCACCGCGUUCUCUCAGACCUAGAAAGUCGGGGAGAAGCAGUCUCUCGAGGGUGUCCUUCGCGGACACUGCUGAUGUGAUCAUCGAAGAGCGUCAGCAGGAGAUGGAGACGGUUGAAGAGGAGGUCGAUGAGGAGCAAGAACAUGAGCAAGAGAACGAGCCGGUUGAAGUGCACAUCCACCAGACUCCCGUGAAGGCGACUCCUGUCAAGCAAACUCCGACUCAACAGACUCCCUUCAAGACACCCUUGAAGCAGACUCCACCUCAAGUUGUCGCUGAACAAAACGAACUUCCUGCGCCGUCGCCUCCCAAAGGCCACGAGAUCACUACAGAUGAGAGCGGCCGCCAGAGACGCCGCAGUCGUCGCAUUUCUAGCAUGGGCGCGGGGGCAUCACUGGCCGAGAUCCCAGAAGACGAAGCCGAGUUCGGGUCCCCGAUCGCCGAGGAACCGGAGCCAGAGGAUGAGGAAGAUGACUUUGUCCCCUCCGAGCCGGUCACGCCCGCUAAGUCCGAGGUCGAGUGGUCGGCUAUGGACACGCCUGCUCGUACUCCUCACAAGGACCUCAACCCCAAGCUGUUAAGGGGGGCAGUUGUAUAUUGCGAUGUGCAUACUGCUGAGGGCGCGGAUGCCAGUGGGCUCUUUACUGAGCUGCUUGGCCAGAUGGGCGCCCGCUGCGUGAAGAACUGGUCAUGGAAUCCCAAUGCUGGCGCGUCGGGUGAUGAACCGGUGUCUGGGCCGGGGCAUAAGAUUGGUAUCACGCAUGUGGUAUUCAAGGAUGGUAGCAAGAGGACGUUGGAGAAGGUCAAGGAGAGUCAAGGUGUCGUGCAGUGCGUGGGUGUCAGCUGGGUUCUUGAUUGCGAACGUGAAAACAAGUGGCUAGAUGAGGCCGACUACUUGAUCGAUCUCUCUUUCAUCCCCCGCGGUGGUGCCCGCAGGAGAAAGAGCAUGGAGCCCAAGGCGCUAGCCAACCUCAACGGCACCCUCGUUCCCUCCGGCUCUGGCUCCGGCUCCAGCAGCACCACCACCACCAGCACAACCAACACGACCACGACCACAACCACGACUACCACCAACUCAUUCUCAUCCUCAACCACCACCCGCCAAACCCAACAACAACACCCCACAACCCCCGGCAACACCACCAACACCGGCCGCAGCAAACGCCGCUCCUCCUCCCUCUGGGUCCGCACCCCUCCCUCUCCCGACGCCUCUUCUUCAUCCCCCGGUGGUGACAACCGUCGCGUAAGCGACUCCAUCCUCGCCAUGUCAACGUCCACCACCACAAGACCCCACAACGAAACAGAAGAAGAGGAGGAAGAAGAAAGGGAAUGGACAACCCUCUCACCAAUCCCCAAGACUCCCGCCCCCGAAACCGUCGCCCGUCUAGCAGCUAAUCUAUCUCCCGCUUCUUCCACCGAUUACGGUCACGGUGACGGUGACAAUGAUGAGGUUGACGGUGGGUCAUUCCUAAUCCCCGCCGACGAAGCCGGUCACGAAGCCGAGUUCCUAAGGGAGGCGAUGCCGGAGGGUCACGGUCACGGUCACGGUCUUCACGCGGGAGGAGCGAUGACGUGUCCGCCUAAGCCUAGUUUGAGUUAUGCUGUGCCUAGUACUACGACAAGGGGGGGAACAAGUCUCUUUUCAAUGUCGGUUGGGUCGUGUUCUGGAUUGCCGGCGGCCCUGGAUGAGAUGGAUAUUGAUGAUGGCGGGAAUACCGCCGGCGCUGCCGGUGAAGGCUCGUCGUCGUCGUCGUCGUUGAGUGGACUAAGCGGCCCACCGCUAAGUAGCACAAUGGCCGGAACGAUGGGUCUCCUAAGAGGAGGCGAUAACCGCGAGAGAAAUUUGGGGGUGAUGAUGCGGUUGAAUGCGGCUAGGAGAAAGAGCUUGCAGUUUGCGCCGAAGGUGGGGAGUCCGCUUGCUAGGAGUUGGACGGGGAAUAACAAUGGGGGAGUUGGUGGUGGAGCGGGAGCAGGAGCGGGAGCUGGAGCGGGAGCUGGAGCUGGAGCUGGGGCUGGGGCUGGAAGUAUCGGGAAAUAAGAAGGGAAAUAAAUAAGGAAGGAUUGGCUUGUUUGAAUUUUUUUGUUUGUUGCUGCUGUUGGAGUAAAGAGAGGGUGUUUAUCAAGGUAUACCAUCCAUUGAUUUUGUUGUUUGUUUGGGAGGAAGGAAGGAAGGAAGGGUUUUGCUGAGUUCGGUCGGUCGUUUGUGUUUACCUAGUCUGUCUCUAGUGUAAGGGUGAUAAUGUGAAGGAAUGGUUAAGGAGGUUUACACUAUGUGUUUUUUCCCCCUCGCCGAUGGUUUCGUUCUGAAUUGCUUUCUCCUGUUGCGGUGUGCUGGUCUGGCUACCUAUGAAAUGGUGAUGUUGUUUUUUCGGGGGUUUAUCGAGAGUUGUUCACAAAGAUUGUAUCAAUCGCUUUCUGAUUACUACUAUGGAGAAGAUGAGAUGGGUCGGGUCGGCUUGUUGAGGAUAAAAACCUCUUGUGCCAUGAACAUAGUUGUCAAUCAAGUACUUAGCUACAAUACAAUUACUCUCGCC